GGACUUGGGGGGACUGCAGAGGGGCAGCAGGCGCCUGGGAAGGGCUUUAGAAGGUGCUCUGGAAUUUGGGGGUGCAGAGGAAGGGGUGCUGGGGAGGGAUUUUAGGGGCACACAGGAGCAGUUCAUUGGAGGACAGGGGCUCCUAGGGCAGAAUUUGGGGAUGCCCCAGGGUUGGCAUUAUGUGGGGGGUCCGCAUUGGGGUGGGGCAUAAUUUAGGGGUGCUCCUCUGGCGGCUGCAUUUGGGGGAAGGGCUCUAGGGAGCAGCAGAAUAGUUUGAGGGGUGCUGCUUGCCAACGAAGUGAGAGGGUUUGGGAGGGAGAAGGGGGGUGCCUGGUAAUUUGGAGGGGCUGUUUCCUUGCAGGGAAAUUCAGGGGGCCCUGUUAAUUUGGGGGACUAUAUGCCCAGGAGAUUUGGGGAACUGGGGGGGUUCCCCUUAAAUAUGAGGGCUCACCUGUGGAUUUGAGAGGGCUGCAUUGGAAUUGGGGGGUGCCCCUAAAGGGGGAGUCCCCACUACCCCCCCAGAGCCAUGUCGUCUUUCGGGGACUCCAACGAGUGGUACAUGGGGUCGCUGAGCCGCCAGCAGGCCGUGGCCUGUCUCCAGGGUCACCGACCCGGCACCUUCCUGGUGAGGGACAGCUCCACCUGCCCCGGCGACUACGUCCUCUCGGUCAGCGAGAACGCCAAGGUGUCUCACUACAUCAUUAACAGCCUGCCGGGCCGGCUGAAGAUUGGGGAUCAGGAGUUCGAGGGACUCCCAGCGCUGCUGGAUUUCUACCGGGUGCAUUAUCUGGACACCACCACGCUAGUGGUGCCCGUGUGCCGGGGCCCCGCGGUGCCCGGCCCGGCCCCGCCACCCCCCGCCGAGGGGGGAGGGGACCCGGUGGCGCUGCCUGCCGGCCCCGCCCAGCCCUGUGAGUGGGUGCAGGCUCUCUACGACUUCGGCGGCAAUGACCAGGAGGACCUGCCUUUCCGCAAGGGGGAUCCGCUUCGGGUGCUGGGCAAGCCGGAGGAGCAGUGGUGGACGGCCCAGCGGGUCGACGGGCGGGUGGGCAUGAUCCCGGUGCCCUAUGUCCAGCCCUGGCGCCCCCAGGCCGGCGUCCUGCUGGGGCCCUAUGCCCACCCCAGUGUAGGCGGCCCCCCGGCGCCCCUGCCCACCCCCCGCAAUGGCCCCGUGGUGGCCAGGGCAGUACAGCGGCGGGUACCCAAUGCCUACGACAAGACGGCGCUGGCUUUCGAGGUGGGUGACAUCAUCACGGUGACGAAGAUGAACAUCAACGGGCAGUGGGAGGGGCAGCUGAAUGGGCGCAGCGGGCACUUCCCCUUCACCCACGUCCAGAUCCUCGAACCCCAGAGCCCGAAGGAGGCCAGCUGAGCCCCACGACCCCUGAACUUCGACCUUGGGCAGCAGGCUGAGCCCCACGACCUUUGAACUGUGACCCCAGGGCAGCCAGCUGAGCCCCGCGAUCCCUGAACUCUGACCCCAGGGUGGCUGACUGAGCCCUGUGACCCCUGAACUCCAACCUGGGGCAGUCGACUGAGCCCCACGACCCCUGAAAUCUGACCCCAGGGUGGCCGUUUGCGACCCCCUGGUCACCUGAACCUUGGACGGUUGCAAUUUGACCCUUCUGUUGAUGAACUUUGACCCUUUGUUAGCUCCCUGAACUUUGACCUUUUGAUUUGUUGUGGGUUGGUUACAGAGUGUUGAACUUUGACCCUUGGCCCCUUGCCUGUGUACUUCAGCCUUUGGCUCAUUGACCUUUGAGCCUUGGCUACUUGAAGAAGACUGUGUGUCAUUUGCCUUUGAACCUCACUACAUUGAACAUGUGACCGUUGAACUCGUAGCCUCUGACCUUUGAGCCCCCUGGUUGUUGGCCCUUGGGCCUCCUCUGGCUCUUUGACCCCUUGACUUUAACCACUAUUACUUCCGUGUCGUGACCCCCGACACGCACCCAUGGUGUAUUUCAUGCAGAUGCUGUUUGCACAUGAAUUAAUUUGGGGGUGGGGGGAUCCUGGUUCUCAUUGGACGACUGAGGUCUGGAUCCGGGUCCGAAUGGCCCUUCCCCGUCUCUGAGGUCUGAAGGCCCCCACGUGUGUGAUGCGCCCUGUGUUCCUGCUACAUUAAAGCUCCUGGUGAUGA